GAAGUAAAAUGAUUAGUGAAAGUUUGGUCGAUUGAGUGAAAAAAAAUCUUUAAUGUAAAAAUCAAAUAGAAUCUGCCUAGAACGACGCCGUCUUCGCGCUGCUUACUGGGCGGUUGUCAUUUAGCUUGGCGCCUCCGCCAGUAGGGCAGUGCUGUGGCCGGGAUGAAUGAGACUGAUGCAAGUAAUCAUUCUCAGGAGGAAGACGAUGACAAAAAGUCCGAUAAGUGUAUGAAGACGAUAUCUCGGCAUUUUUUCAGCGAUGAAUCGGAAAAAUCUUCCUUCUCCAUCUCCGUUAUUGAGAAUAUGAAAGAGGAUUAUGGGCUAUUCGUGUGGCCUUGUAGCAUCAUCCUGGCGGAGUAUGUUUGGCAACAGAGAUUUCGAUUUUCCCGGGUUAGCGUAGUCGAGCUUGGUGCGGGGACUUCACUGCCUGGAUUGGUUGCGGCAAAAGUGGGUUCAGAUGUAACGCUUACUGAUGAUUCUGAUAGAACUGAGGUUUCGGAGAAUAUGAAACGUGUGUGUGAAUUGAAUAAACUGAACUGUAAAGUAAUGGGACUGACAUGGGGAGUUUGGGAUGCAUCUGUUUUCGAUUUACAUCCUAAAAUUAUUCUUGGGGCUGAUGUUUUUUAUGAUACAAGUGCCUUUGAUGAUCUCUUUGCCACCUUGACAUUUCUGCUGCAAAAUUCUCCAGGGUCUGUCUUCAUAACAACUUAUCAUAAUAGAAGUGGUCAUCAUCUUAUUGAGUUCUUGAUGAUCAAAUGGGGAUUAAAGUGUGUGAAACUUCUUGAUGGCUUUUCAAUCUUGCCACCAGACAAAGCUUCAGGACUAAGUGGCAACAUUCAAUUGGCAGAAAUCGUAUUGAGUGGUGAAGUAGCUGAGUUGCAGGAAACUUCAUCCUCCAUGGUGAGAUGAUAAAUAUAAUCCAAAUCAAUAUAAUCACUGAUGUUUAUGGACUUGUGCUGCUCCUCAUUAAUGGCAAGGAAUGUGAUUUUUAAGUGAAAGUUUCUUUCUGAGGAAAUUGGCUUCCAGAAACCUUUUCUAGACAAUUUAAAGACAUAUGAUAGAUAUCAGUUCAAGUUUGUUAUUGAUCAGAAAAUGACUUCCUAGCUAGUCCACAGCAGGCAUGGGAGAUUCUGUGUAUACUUGAAGUUUGGUUGUCUCUUGAAUUAUUUAUUCUGCUUUACUGAUGAAACAUUAACUUCGUCUUGGAUUUGAUUUA